AUGUCGGACGCGGACGACGGAAACCCUAGCGCGCACACUCUUUCGUUCCCCCAUUUCGACUUUUCCUCGAACGUGGAUCCUGUUUUGAACAUCUCCUACCCUGCCAACGGCAGCCAGAAGCUCAUCGACAUUGAGGAUGAGCGCAAGCUCGCCAUCUUCAUGGAGAAGCGCAUGGGCGCUGAGGUCCCCGCCGACUCCCUCGGUGACGAGUUCAAGGGCUACAUCUUCCCGAUCACCAGUGGCAACGACAAGCAGGGUUUCCCCAUGAAGCAGGGUCGCAAGCGCAAGUCCGUCCGUGGUUGCAUCGUCGGCCAGGACCUCUCCGUCCUGGCCCUGUCCAUCGUCAAGCAGGGCGAGGCUGAGCUCCCCGGCCUGACCGACGUCGUUCACCCCAAGCGCCUUGGUCCCAAGCGCGCCACCAAGAUCCGAAAGUUCUUCGGCCUCACCAAGGAUGACGAUGUCCGCAAGUACGUCAUCCGCCGCGAGGUCCAGCCCAAGGGCGAGGGCAAGAAGGCCUACACCAAGGCCCCCAGGAUCCAGCGCCUGGUCACCCCCCAGCGCCUCCAGCACAAGCGCCACCGCCUUGCGCUCAAGCGCCGCCAGUCCGAGAAGGUCAAGGACGAGGCCAACGAGUACGCUCAGAUCCUCGCCAAGCGUGUCGCCGAGAAGAAGGCCGAGAAGGCCGACGCUCGCAAGCGCCGCGCUUCCUCCAUGCGCAAGUAA